GCAAACUCAGAGCAAACUCUGACACGCGCAGCUUCCCCGUGCAACUCCAAAUCUGGGAUGUUCGCAGUUAAUGGAAACACCGUGAAACUUCAGGUUCACAAAGGCCAGUGAUCAAAGGGAAGCCGGACUACAGAGCGAGCCCUGUUUCGAAAAUUCCCGGCCGGACUCUCGGAUUUUAUAGAGCAUUUCAAGUCAUUUCCCCCUAGAGAGAGAAAGCCAACCCAGAGACCUGUCAAGACCUCCAGAACUUCUGUUUCACAAAAUCAGCCAAGGAAUAAAACAAGAAAAGAAAGAAAGUUAGACAUUUUGGAAGAAAUAAAAAAAAAAAAAAUGUCCUGCUCGGGGCUGAAAGGAGGAGCAGUGUGGCUGUGGUGGUGCGUGGUGGCUGUCUGCUGGGUGGCAGAUGUGAGCUGCCAGACGAGGGACUGCACUGGGGUGGAUUGCCCCGCCGUCACAGACAACUGCAUCGAGGAGGUGCUGGAGCGAGGCGCCUGCUGUGCCACCUGCCUGCGGCGGGGCUGCGCCUGCGAGGGCUACCAGUACUACGACUGCCUGAACGCCGGCUUCCGCCAGGGCAAGGUGCCCGAGGGCGAGUCCUACUUCGUGGACUUUGGCAGCACCGAGUGCUCGUGCCCGGCGGGCGGCGGCCGCAUCACCUGCCACUUCAUCCCCUGCCCGGACAUCCCGGCCAACUGCAUCGAGGUGUCCACGCCCGCGGACGGCUGCGCCCAGUGCGAGCGCGUGGGCUGCGUCCACCACCACGGCCAGAAGUACGACGCGGGGCACACCUUUCGGAUGAGUGCCUGCGAGGUGUGCCAUUGCCCCAAUGAUGGCGGCAAGCUCAUGUGCUCCCCGGUGCCAGACUGCGAACCCGAGAAGGCCUUGAAGAAACCCACGCUGACCUCCACGCCAGAGGACAGCAGGCACCACCGCGAGGGGCACCGUGAGGGGACCUUCAGUAACUAUCUACCCCUCUAUAGAGAAGACCCCACCGAUUCGCCCGUGGACGAAGAGUACGACUACCCGCUAGACUUCACCACGGCGGACCCUCGAGAGGCGGUCGAGCCGGCCGAGCCAGAGCCGACCUCCUCCUCCUCCUCCUCCUCACCCCAUGAAGACACCCCCUCUGAAGCGCCACUUUCCCACGAUCCCCUCAGCAGUGACGGUGCCAAGCAGGAGCUGAGGGAGGCGCAAGGGGUGUACGAAACCAGAGACGCACCAGCACCAGAGCACUCGGCAGCAGCAGACCACGCGAGAACGACGACGACAACAACAACGACAACGACAACCACUAAAGCGCAGGCCCCACCAAAGCACCAGGGGCCCUUUGAGGGACAAAGCCGACGACAUGUCGAGACGCAGAGAGGGCCCCCCCAGAGGGAGCAGCAGCAGCCCCGGACCGCACAUGGUGAGAGGGAGGCCAGGCACAAGGCCCAGCACGAGCACGAGCACAGGAACAGGAAUAGUGCGCCGCCACCGCCCAGCCAGGAAGACUCCCAGAGCACCGGCGACGGCGGCCGUGAUCUCAACGCCUUGGCCUCCCACAACGACCAGAAUGCCCUGCCCGCACUCCGAUUCAGCCCCUCCAGGGCGCCGCCGCCUGUGAACGUGAGAGAGGAUCAGGGGAACCCUCCGCGGAGGCAGUCCCAGACGCUGCUCACCCACCACCACACGGAGCAGGAGCAGGGGCAGGAGGAGGCGCAGGAGGAGACGCAGGAGCAGGAGCAGAGCAGCCCUCAUUCCCACCAGCUGUCUGCGAAGGAGCUGGUGGAGUCAUGCUGUGUGGCGGGGGAGAAGUGGGCCGCUGUCCACGGACACUGCUCCAACAUGGUAGCACUGCGAGAGGACACACACUCCAUUUGCUGGUCGGCCCAGAGGCAGUGCUGCAGCGGGGCCUUGAAGGAGACCAAGUGUUUGGCCGGCGUGACGGCCGCCCGGCGCGGGGACGCAUGCGAGCUGGACGAUAAUGACCACUGCGCGGCCGACUCCUAUAAGGAGUGCUGCAGCUGCUGCUCCAUGGGUCUCCACUUCCGUAAGGAGGGCCUGCCGUGCGAGGCCCACCAGUACCUGGCCUUCCCCUGCAGUCACGUCUUCCUGACCUGCUGCGAGGGCGACGAGGCGGCCGACUGGAGCACGCUGCGCCAGAAGCCACCGCUGCAGCCCACCACGCCGCCCAAGAGAGUGUCGGACAGCCCGUACCCCAAGGAGGCCUUCUCCAUCGGCGGCCACGAGGACGGGGACGGGGAUAACGGUGUGGAGCAGCAGGAGGGGGCGUUGAUGGCGGAGGGUCUGCGGGACCUGGACGAGUGUAAGGUGUACGAGGGCCAGCUCUGCCAGCACUCCUGCAUCAACACCCAGGGCUCCUAUAGGUGCGCCUGCAACCAGGGGUAUACGCUGCAGGAGGACGGACGCCACUGUCUGCCAGAUGCGGAGGCAGAGGAUGAGAACCGAGUGAGGGAGCACGAGACUCCUGCUGCCGUGGAGACGACCACAGCACCACCUCCUGCUCCGCCCACCACCACCACCUCCCCCACCACCACCACCACCACCACCACCAUGACCCAUCAUAACCCCUGCGCAGGAAACGGCCCCUGCGAUCAGCGCUGCACCCCAGUGGCAGGGAGGCCACAGUGCUCCUGUUUCCCAGGAUUCACUCUGGGAAUGGACGGCCACUCGUGCCACGACGUAAAUGAGUGUGCGCUGAUGACCCAUAACUGCCAGCUGAAUGAGCGGUGCAUGAACACGGCCGGCCAUUAUUACUGCGAGAGGUUGAUUGUCUGCCCGGCAGGCUACCGCGAGAAUAACAAUAUGUGCGAAGAUGUGGAUGAGUGUGCGCUAAGGACGGAUACCUGCCGGAUGGGCUUGGAGUGCCGCAACACGCCGGGGUCCUUCACCUGCCACGCGGCAGCCACCAGGUGCACAGCAGGCUUCACUCAGGACAUCAACGGACAUUGUACUGAUGUGGACGAGUGCAGCACCGUGUCGCAGCCCUGCACUCCGGGCUUCAACUGCAUCAACACGGUGGGCUCCUACACCUGCCAGAGGAAGGUCAUCAUCUGUAGCCGCGGAUACCACGCCAGCCCCGACGGCAACCGCUGCAUCGAUGUGGAUGAGUGCCAGACUGGUGUCCACCGUUGUGGCGACGGCCAGACCUGCCACAAUCUGCCAGGCACCUACCGCUGUGAAUGCCAGCCGGGCUACCAGUACGACAUGUUCCGCAAGAUGUGUGUGGAUGUGAAUGAGUGCUGGCGCUACCCGGGCCGGCUGUGUGCCCAGACCUGUGAGAACACCCCCGGCUCCUACCAGUGCUCCUGCACCACGGGCUUCCGGCUCAGCAGCGACGGCAAGAACUGCGAAGAUGUGAACGAGUGCCUGACCAACCCGUGCAGUCAGGAGUGUGCCAACAUCUACGGCUCCUACCAGUGCUACUGCCGCGAGGGCUACCACCUGCUGGAGGACGGACACACCUGUGACGACAUCGAUGAGUGUUCCCAGAGCAUGGGACACCUCUGCGCCUUCAAGUGUGUCAACGUGGAAGGCAGCUACCAGUGUGCCUGCCCCGAAUAUGGCUACACCAUGUCAGCUAACGGACGAUCUUGUCUAGAUAUUGAUGAGUGCACCAGUGGAACCCAUAACUGCUCGCUGUCGGAGACGUGCUACAAUAUCCAGGGAGACCAUCGCUGCCUGUCUUUCAACUGUCCUGACAACUACCGCCGAGUCUCAGACAUGCGGUGCGAGCGCGCCAGCUGCGGCAACUUCAUGGAGUGCCAGAACUCCCCGCUGCGGAUCACCUACUACCAGCUGAGCUUCCAGACCAACACCAUCGUGCCGGCGCAGAUCUUCCGCAUCGGGCCCUCGCCCGCCUACGCCGGCGACAACAUCAUCAUCAGCAUCCCGCGCGGCAACGAGGAGGGCUACUUCAGCACGCGCAAGCUCAACAGCUACACGGGCGCCGUCUACCUGCACCGGCAGCCGCACCAUCCCAGAGACUUCCUGAUCGACGUGGAGAUGCGGCUCUGGCGCCAAGGCUCCUUCACCACCUUCCUGGCCAAGAUCUACGUCUUCAUCACCGCGCCCGCCCUCUAAUCGCCCAGCUGCUGCCCAUCCAUCCGCAGCUUACCUACUAUGCCUAUGAACUGAACUGAACUUAAAGGUCACUAUAGCUCUGGCGCCAAGGCUCCUUCACCACCUUCCUGGCCACGACGACCUACGUCUUUAUCAAGAUCUACGUCUUCAUCACCGCGCCCGCCCUGUAACCACCAUCAUAGUCUGCAAGGUCUCCAUCAGCAUCUUACCUACUGCUAUAUGUGUCUAUGAACUGAACUGAAAGUCACCAUACUGUAUGUCACUUUGCUCCUCCCCCUCUUGUCAACUGAAGGUCUUCUCCACGUUCUUGGCCAACGUCUACUACAGUAUUGCCUCUUUUCUACCCGGUUUUCCUGGUGGACCUUUUUCCAGCUCGACACAUCGCGACUCGGCCACCACUUUUUGCUCUUCGAUUGAGCUGCAUCGCGCCCUAUUGACAAGCAAAAAGUGGCGUCCAAGUCAUCACGCUGUGGCGAGUUGUAGGUCUACCAGAAAAGUGGCAGUGGAAAAGAGGCGGAAUAUGUCUUCGUCACCGUGCCCCGUACUCUAGUGUAUGGCUGUCUACAGCAUCUCCAUUGAUGUGUGGGUCAAAGACGUCCAACAUGUCCUUCAGUGCAACGGAUACUUUUGCUUACUGUAAAUGCAAAAAAAAGAGAUUUUUUUUUAAUUAUUUUUUUGGCUUGGCUUUCAUGCAUUCACUUUUCAAAAAAUGUUUUGAAAUGUCAUGUUUUUCACAGUUACAGUAAGCAAAAGCAUCUGUUAGCACUGAAGGACAGCGUCAUGUUGGACGUCUUUGACCCGUGUAUGUUAUCUACUGCUAAUGUGUCUAUUGAGCUGAACUGAAGGCCAUCAUACCUUGUGUUCAGAGCUGUGAGUGUUCUGCUUCUCUAUGCCUUGUCACCAGAAGAAAGUUGCAUUUGGCUAAUUUUGGCUUCUCACAUUCAGGGUUUUGUUCCAAGAUGGCUUUGAAGUAGGUUCUUUUUUCAAAGAAUUUACUUAUUUGAAGUUUUUGAUCGAGAUUAAUGAGCACUUCUGCAGUAUUGCUACCCAGUCUAGAGUUGGAUAAGGUUAUACUGUACAUACAUGUACGUAUGUUUGCGCUCAACCACAGAAUUGUCAAUGUCAGAAAAACUUCCAGCAUCAAAUGUCUUGCGUUUCCUUUUAUUAUUAUGAGGGUGAAUGGACCCCUGGCCCCUAGUUGAUUAACUUUGCUGCUCCAGUUGUCAAAAAAAAUCGUGAGAUUCAAGCUCGCAUGAUGAUGAACAGCAUUCAUUCUGUUCACGGUGGACCACCCAACAAACCCAACAUGGUUCCUGUUCCAUGCUAUGUGUUCAGUCAUGCCGUGUGCUCUGUCAUGCAAGUGUGCUCUCCGUAUGACAGCAGAGUCUGUUCUCACUUUACCGCGCACACAGCUGUGCCCAUAAGCAGAUGGCUGCACUCAAACAGCGCCAGUCGUGAUGCAUGCUGUCCCCUAUCCUUGAGCCCCCUCUGCAGGAGAAUUGGGUCUAUGAAACAAAAUUAAACCAAGUUUUGUGUGUGUGUGUGUGUGUGUGUGUGUGUGUGUGUGUGUGUGUGUGUGU